AUGCUGUGCCAUGGAGCUUCCACAUUUCCUGGAUUCUGUUUGGGAGGGCGGCCAGCCUUCCGUGAUCGAGCGCAUCGCGCAUCCAGCUCACGGACCCAGGGCGCGUGGCAAGCGUUCAGGGCCCCUGGACUGGAGAAGUUCCUCGUGCCGGCUAUCUUCCUCGGAUCUUUUACUCGGCAAAGGACGAGAAUCCAAGCAAAGAGUUCCGGACCUGCGGCUCACUACAUUAACAAAAACCUUAGAGUCACGAAUGUUGGGCCCAAGGGACUGGGUGUGGUGGCUACUGCACCUCUUGCGAGAGGGGAGCUGUUGCUAGAGGAGGCUCCCCUGCUGGUGUUUCAGCACCAGUCUUUUGAAGUCAUCUUCGGUGAUCUCCAGGAUGUGCUGUUCGACGACCGAACCUUUGAUCUGUGGGAAACCAGCCUGAAAGAAACGGUAAACUCUCAAUGUGGUUCUGAGAAUACUGCGAAGUUCUGGGAGCUUGCGGACACUUGCAGUGCGCCGGGUGUCAAGACAGCCCUUGGAAUUGCCCGUACCAACGCACUGGGCCUUGAUGAAGAUUCUGCUGGACUGUUUCUCUUCCUAUCGAGGUUCAAUCAUAGCUGCGAGCCGAACGUCCAUCACAGCUGGCAAGAGGAUCGCGGAAUGAAGGUCCUGAGGGCUUCUUGCAGCAUCGCCGCAAACGAGGAACUUUGCAUUUCGUACCUGUCCCUGCUGGCGCUCUGUGCACCCACCCGUGAACGUCUCGGCGAAAUAAGUGAUCGAUUCGGUUUCGAUUGUGCAUGUCGUGCAUGCUCUGCAGGUGCCAGACGGAUGCGCGACAGCGACUGGCGCAGAGAGCGCUUGUCCCAGCUGUGUGCGGCCCUCUCCAAAGAGGAACAUAGGGACCAUGGCGUGGGUCGGGCUGAUGAAAUUCGUUUGCAUCUGCGUAAACGAAUCCCUUUGUUCUUCGAAGUUGAUGAGGAGGGUCGGCAAGAGUUAGAGUCCAGUCUUCAAGGUCAAAGAGGCCUGGAGAACGAGUCCUUUGCAGGGGUCGUGGAGAGCAUCGAUAUGAGUACUGGCCUUCGAGAGGCAGUGGCCUUGUUGGAUGAGGAGUUGCAUGGACAUCCCGCAGCCCGUGCUCUUUUGUUCUUCGGGGCCUUCCGGAGAGCAGAGGCCGCGCGUCGGCUUUCGGCUGCAAAAUCCUUGGCCAAAGCCGCUUGGAAUGCGACGUCCACCGCCGAGGGAUCCACCUCUUGGAGGGCCCAAUGGCUGCAAGUCGAGAGUGAACGACUGGAGCAUCUGGAACAGAAGCUGGAACAGAGGAAGGAGGAGAACCAGCAGGGAGCGGCAAACGACCAGGCAAAAACCUUGGAGAUUGGAUGCGUUUGGCCUUUGAAUGCCUUUUGA